AUGGGCACCCGACCCCGCAGCCCCAGCGCCCAACCUGCUCCCUGCUGGGGACCACAGCCCGGGGGGCGCCACCCUGCCAAGCGCCCACGAUACCUCGAGCCCCAGAGCCCCAACUUCGAGAUGCCGCCCAACCUGGCAGACCCCACCGGACCCCAGGCAGCAGGCAUGAUCACCGUGGCCAUCCUGCCUGCAGGCUAUGCCCUAACGGUGCCCCUGGGCAAUGUCAACCUGAUGCUGGAACCUGCGCCAACGUCGGUCCUGCGAGUGUCUCUGGGAGCACACACUAUCCUGCUGGUUCCCGAGGCUCUCCUCCACUUGGAAGACCACCACCAAGUAGGUGGGCAGGGCCCCUUUCCUGUGGGCCUGGAACCCCGCACUCACCGGGGUGCUCCGCGGGAGGCUGUUGCCCUCGGGAGGGGAUCCUUCUGCGCCAGUUCCGGUGAGAUGGCUACCCAAGGGGUUGUCCCCCAGGACGCGAACCACCAGCUCCCGCCCCCGUGGAUGGGCCCUGCAACUGGUUCAGUCGCUGGACUCCCACAAGUGGCUCCUAGGAUAUCUAACCACCUGCAGGGCCCCAUGCCAGGGCUCCCACCGUGGGCCCCCACCCCUAGUCCAGAGAGACGCUCUCUUGGCCCAUACUUCAGCCUCAGGUUGCGCCUUCUGGAGCCAUUGCCCCACUCACCCCUGCAACCUCUGCCUGCAUCACCAAAUCCGGGUCCCCAAGCCCGUCCUCAGCGCCCUCAGCAUCUUCACCCCAAAGCCCGCAGACGCCUGUUCCUGAAUUGA